AGUAACGACCCAGCUGUGAUGACAUGGCGAGAUUUAAUUGGUGGUCAAGUCCUCGCUCACGCAAAGAAGGCCACCUGGCGAGACCACAGCACCCUGGAAAGACCAGAAGUCAGAAUUCGUUGACUCUUUUCGAACGUCAGGCGAUGAUAUUCUUGGCUGCUCAGUAUUCAGAAGAUCACUCUGUACAAUUCGACUUCAUUCAGAAACCCUAAGCUGCUUCAAUGGCGGAUUCUAGUUCAUCCGCUCCCGAUCGAGGCCAUCCCUCUUCUUCUACUGAUUCGAAAAGUAAUAAGAAGGAUUAUUCCACUGCAAUUUUGGAACGCAAGAAGUCUCCCAACCGUCUUGUCGUUGACGAAGCAAUAAAUGAUGACAAUUCUGUGGUUUCCAUGCAUCCAGUUACCAUGGAAAAGCUUCAGUUUUUCAGAGGGGAUACGGUGCUUAUUAAGGGUAAAAAACGAAGAGAUACAAUUUGCAUUGUUCUUGCUGAUGAACAAUGCGAGGAGCCUAAAAUCAGAAUGAACAAAGUUGUGCGAGCCAAUCUGAGGGUACGCCUCGGAGAUGUUGUAUCUGUCCAUCAGUGUCCUGAUGUGAGGUAUGGAAAGCGGGUUCACAUUCUUCCAAUUGAUGAUUCUAUUGAGGGUGUGACUGGCAACCUAUUUGAUGCAUAUUUGAAGCCAUAUUUCUUGGAAUCUUAUCGACCUGUGAGGAAGGGUGAUCUUUUUCUUGUCAGGGGAGGAAUGCGAAGUGUUGAAUUCAAAGUAAUUGAGACAGACCCUGGCGAAUAUUGUGUUGUUGCACCUGAUACAAAUAUCUUCUGUGAGGGAGAACCCAUAAGGCGCGAGGAUGAGGAGAGGCUAAAUGAAGUUGGCUAUGAUGAUGUUGGUGGUGUGAGAAAGCAAAUGGCUCAGAUCCGUGAGCUAGUGGAACUUCCCCUUAGACAUCCACAGCUCUUCAAAUCAAUUGGGGUGAAGCCCCCAAAAGGUAUAUUGCUUUAUGGACCACCUGGUUCUGGGAAAACCCUGAUUGCAAAGGCUGUAGCUAAUGAGACAGGAGCAUUCUUUUUCUUGAUAAAUGGGCCUGAGAUAAUGUCAAAGUUGGCUGGUGAGAGUGAAAGCAACUUGAGGAAGGCAUUUGAGGAAGCUGAAAAGAAUGCCCCGUCUAUCAUUUUUAUUGACGAAUUAGAUUCUAUUGCUCCAAAGAGGGAAAAGACACAUGGUGAAGUGGAGAGGCGUAUAGUAUCCCAACUUCUAACUCUAAUGGAUGGUCUUAAGUCCCGAGCUCAUGUAAUGGUCAUUGGAGCUACAAACAGGCCCAACAGCAUUGACUCUGCUCUAAGGAGAUUUGGAAGAUUUGAUCGGGAGAUUGACAUUGGUGUACCAGAUGAAGUUGGAAGGUUAGAAGUUCUUCGGAUCCAUACCAAAAAUAUGAAACUGGCAGAAGAUGUUGAUCUUGAAAGGGUUGCAAAGGAUACCCAUGGUUAUGUUGGUGCAGAUCUUGCUGCUCUUUGUACAGAGGCUGCUCUUCAGUGUAUAAGGGAGAAAAUGGAUGUAAUCGACUUGGAGGAUGAUUCAAUUGAUGCUGAAGUGUUGAAUUCCAUGGCUGUAACUAAUGAACACUUCCAAACUGCAUUGGGGUCUUCAAAUCCUUCUGCUCUGCGUGAAACAGUUGUGGAGGUUCCUAAUGUUUCUUGGGAGGAUAUUGGUGGGCUGGACAAUGUUAAAAGAGAGCUUCAGGAGACUGUACAAUAUCCAGUGGAGCACCCUGAAAAGUUUGAAAAAUUUGGAAUGUCACCUUCUAAAGGUGUUCUCUUUUAUGGGCCUCCUGGCUGUGGUAAAACCCUGCUUGCCAAGGCGAUAGCUAAUGAAUGCCAGGCCAAUUUCAUUAGUGUUAAAGGACCUGAAUUGCUUACAAUGUGGUUUGGAGAAAGUGAGGCAAAUGUGCGGGAGAUAUUUGACAAGGCACGCCAAUCAGCUCCAUGUGUUCUUUUCUUUGAUGAACUUGAUUCCAUUGCGACACAGCGUGGAAGUUCAGCAGGCGAUGCUGGUGGUGCUGCAGAUAGAGUCUUGAAUCAGCUUCUGACAGAAAUGGAUGGGAUGUCAGCUAAAAAAACAGUUUUUAUUAUUGGGGCAACAAACAGGCCAGACAUUAUUGAUCCUGCAUUGCUCAGGCCUGGACGUCUAGACCAGUUGAUCUAUAUCCCGCUACCUGAUGAGGCUUCCCGUCACCAGAUUUUUAAAGCAUGUCUACGAAAGUCACCGGUCUCUAGAGAUGUUGACUUAUUAGCUCUUGCACGUUACACUAAUGGUUUUAGUGGUGCAGAUGUUACUGAAAUUUGUCAGCGUGCCUGCAAAUAUGCCAUUAGAGAAAAUAUUGAGAAGGAUAUUGAGCGGGAGAGAAAGCAGAGGGAGAACCCUGAAGCCAUGGAAGAGGAUGAUGUUGAUGAUGUCCCCGAGAUUAAAGCAGCACAUUUCGAGGAGUCGAUGAAGUAUGCCCGCAGAAGUGUUAGCGAUGCGGACAUCCGGAAAUACCAGCUCUUUGCUCAAACUUUGCAGCAGUCUCGUGGCUUUGGGUCCGAGUUUAGGUUUUCAGAUCGUGCGGAGAAUGUUACUACAGAAGCUUCAGACCCAUUUUCUUCUGCCACUGCUGGUGGAGACGAUGAUGACCUGUACAACUAAAACAAAGCAGGUGCUAGGUUGAAAUACUGGUAGUCUAGUUGAUGCGCAACCUCCACUGCCAAUGCCAUGAUGAUAUGUUAUAAUAUACCUUAUGUGCUGCACUUCCCUUUUUACUGAUUUUUGACACUGCCCUUUUUGGCUGUGCAAGAGUUUAGUUGUACCUAUAGCUCAGCUCAGUAAUGGUUGAAAAUCUUAUCUCUAAUUUGUAAACCAGAAAGGCUUCAGCAAUCCUUUUUCUGAUC